AUGGGCGAUUCCUUCGCGGGCGCCGUGCCCGAGAAGAUCAACUUUGCCGAGGAGGAGCAGCGCGUACUGCAGGAAUGGAAUGAAAAGAAGAUUUUUGAGAAGUCUGUAGAGUUGUCCAAGGGCCGGAAGCGCUACACUUUCUUCGACGGUCCGCCGUUUGCGACUGGGUUGCCGCAUUAUGGGCAUAUUCUUGCUGGUACCAUCAAGGACAUUGUGACGCGAUGGGCACACCAGAGCGGGUACUACGUGGAACGGCGUUUCGGAUGGGAUACACAUGGAAUGCCAGUGGAGUUCGAAAUUGAUAAAAUGCUGGGCAUCAAGGGCCCAGCCGACAUCCAUGCGAUGGGAAUCGGCAAUUAUAAUGCCGAAUGCCGGAAAAUUGUCAUGCGCUAUUCAGCGGAAUGGGAGACUAGCGUGAACCGACUCGGAAGAUGGAUCGAUUUCAAGAACGACUACAAGACGCUGUACCCCUGGUUUAUGGAAUCUGUGUGGUGGGCCUUCUCCGAGCUCUACAAGAAGGGCCUCGUUUAUCGUGGCGUCAAAGUCAUGCCCUACUCGACGGCAUGCAGUACGCCCAUCUCCAAUUUUGAGGCCGGACAGAAUUAUAAAAUGGUCAAGGACCCAGCAGUCUGCGUCGGGUUCAAGGUCGAAAACACGGAGAAGCGGUACCUAGUCGCCUGGACGACUACCCCGUGGACUCUUCCUUCCAACUUGGCCAUUGUUGUGCAUCCUGAUCUCGAAUACGUCGUUGCUAAAGAUAAGGCCACUGGCAACGAGUACAUUGUCAUGGAGGCGCGACUUGGCGAGCUCAAGCUCCCUGACCUUGAGAUUGUCGAAAAGUUCCUCGGCAAAAAGUUGGAAGGCACGCUCUAUGAGCCCCUGUUCCCCUACUUCAAACAUAUGCGUCAGCAGACGAACGCCUUCCGCGUCCUGACCAACACAUUUGUUACCACCGAUCAGGGUACGGGCGUUGUGCACGAAGCCCCCUAUUUCGGAGAGAUCGAUUUCCACUGCUGCCUGGAGAACGGCAUCAUCACGAAAGACAUGAAAAUUGUCUGCCCUGUUGAUGAGACGGGAAAAUUUACUUCCGAUGUCACUGAAUGGGCAGGAAUGUAUGUGAAGGAUGCUGAUAAGCUUAUCAUCAAGCAUUUGAAGGACAAUGGGCACUUGGUCCAUCGCGGCGAGGUCGAGCACUCUUACCCGUUCUGCUGGCGCUCGGAGACGCCGCUUCUCUACAAGGCCGUGCCGUCGUGGUUCGUGCGCGUCGAAGAUAUCGUUCCCAAGCUGCUCGAAAACAAUGAGAAGACAUAUUGGGUCCCUAACUUUGUGAAGGAGAAGCGCUUCGCUAAUUGGCUGCGGGAUGCCCGUGACUGGGCUGUGUCGAGAAAUCGUUUCUGGGGUACUCCCAUCAAUCUUUGGGUAUCGGAUGACGGCGAAGAAGUGGUUCCCAUCGGCUCUAUUGCCGAGCUCGAACAACUCAGCGGGAAGAAGAUCACCGAUUUGCACAGGGAGAGCGUUGACGACAUCACGAUCCCGUCUCGCACGGGGCGCGGCGUGUUGAAGCGCACCUCCGAGGUGUUUGACUGUUGGUUCGAGUCCGGGUCGAUGCCGUACGCGCAGAACCAUUAUCCCUUCGAGAAUAAGGACCGUUUUGAGGAGAACUUCCCGGCCGAUUUCAUUGCCGAGGGUAUCGACCAGACACGAGGCUGGUUUUAUACGCUGCUCGUGCUUUCGACUGCGCUUUUUGAUCGUCCUCCGUUCAAGAACCUUAUCUGCAACGGCCUCGUCUUGGCCGAAGACGGCAACAAGAUGUCCAAGAGCAAGAAGAAUUUCCCAGAUCCGAUGCUGGUCGUCAACAAAUAUGGAGCAGAUGCCUUGAGGUUGUACCUGAUCAACUCACCCGUCGUUCGUGGCGAGAACCUGCGCUUCCGGGAGGCUGGGGUCAACGAGCUGUUGAAGGACGUUUUCCUGCCCUGGUUCAACGCUUAUCGCUUUUUGGGCCAGAAUAUCAAGGCAUUUGAGGAGUCCGGCUCCAAGUUUGCUCUCAAGGAGCUCCCGAAGGACGCGAAUGUCAUGGAUCGUUGGAUCGAAUCGUUCACCAACUCGUUGGUACGCUUCGUAACGGCGGAGAUGGCUGAGUAUGUUUCUAAAUGUUUUCAUAUGCUUGCUUUUUCGAUAUCGUCUCUACACCGUCGUGGCCCCUUGACCCGCUUCUUCGAUACGCUCACAAACUGCUACAUCCGCUUGAACAGAAAGCGCAUUAAGGGAGAGCUUGGCGUUGACCAGCAGGUCGUCUCGCUAUCGGUGUUGACUCGCGUCUUGUCGAUCAUCUGCCGUCUGAUGGCGCCGUUCACGCCAUUCUUUACGGAAUAUGUCUGGAAGCAAAUUCUGCCGUUGACUGGGGCAUCUGAGGAAUCCGUGCAUUUCACCCUCCUGCCGCAACCGGACGAGAGCGUCAUCGACGAGAGCGUCGAAACUAGCGUUCAGGCCAUGCGCUCCGUGAUGGAUUUGGUUCGCGUCGUCCGUGACAAGAAGGGCAUUGCGGUCAAGUACCCGUUGAAAGAGAUGGUUGUCAUCAACCGGGACAAGACUUUCCUGAGUGCUGUGCACGAGCUCGAGCAGUACAUCCUCUCCGAGCUGAACGUUCGAAAACUGGUGGUCAGCAGUGACAAGGACCAAUACGGAGUUCAGCUAAAGGCUGAACCUAAUUUCCGUCUACUGGGCGCUCGUCUGAAGGGUGACCAAAAGAAGGUGGGCGAAUAUCUCAAGAAGGAGAUCAGCCAAGCCGAGUUGGAAAAGUUCCUGAAUGAAGGAAAGCUCGUCGUCCUGGGCCACGAGUUGACUGCUGAAGAGGUGACGGUGAAAUACGGUGGCGUUGGCGACGACCAGGCCAGCCAUCACGAAUAUCACUCGGAUGCCAAUACCAUCAUUGUUGUGGACGUAUCCGAGGAUGAUUCCCUGGUCGAGGAGGGUCUUGCCCGCGAGGUGACAAACCGCAUCAACAAGCUGCGCAAAGCGGCCAAGCUCAUCCAGAGCGACCGGGCGACGAUCUACUGCACCAUCAGCCCGCCAGACUGCAAGUUGGCAACCGUUCUCAAAGCGCACAAGGAUAACGCCACAAAUACGCCACUGGUGUUCGAGGCUUUGCCGAAGUCGGAAAAGGCCGCAGCUGUAUUGCCGGACAAUUUGACGAAAAUCAAGGAUGCUGGAGAAAUUCGGUUGUGGCUGGUCGGCACUUCAUCGGCUCCUGCAACUGCCUCAGAUGACAGCGUCACCGUCAGCCACAAAGGCACCUCAUUCACCCUGCGCCUGACCGCCGGGGAACAGCGUUUGACAAAAUACUCGGAUCUGGUUUACGAGGUCCGAUCUGCACUAAACCUCUGGAGCGGCGCUCUGAAGUUGACGCUGCCUGAUGGAUCAGCUGUGCAUGCCACGAGCGACGUCCAAUCCCUUCGCGGCCAAUCCCUCUCCGUCACCCUC